GGAGCCGGCGCGCGGCGCGGCAGACGCGGCGGGCGGGGCGAAGGAUGGAGGCGCUGGCGUCCGCUGGGACGGUUGGAGCUGCGCGUGCGGAGGUGGUCUUGUAGCCACCUGGGCCGGGAGGAGGAGGGCGGUGGCGGCCAGGCCAUGGCGGGGGACGCCGUUCUCUGGGCUCCCUGAGGUGUGCCCCCUGAGGCCCCGGGGAGCCGCGUCCCAUGGGCUCCCUGAGCAGCCGGGUGCUGCGCCACCCUGGGCGAGCCCGAGCCCAGCCGGAGAUCGGCCCUGGGGCGGGGGGCUCGCUUCGGAGGCCCGAGCCUGGCGGCGAGCCUGCGGGCUUCUGUUACUGCCCGGGCAGCCGCAAGCGCAAGCGGAGCAGCGGGGCCUUCUGCUACUGUCACCCCGACUCGGAGACCGACGAGGAGGAGGAAGAGGGCGACGAGCAGCAGCGGCUCCUCAACACCCCUCGAAGGAAAAAAUUAAAGAGUACAUCCAAAUAUAUUUAUCAAACAUUAUUUUUGAAUGGUGAAAACAGUGAUAUUAAGAUUUGUGCUCUAGGUGAAGAAUGGAGCUUACACAAAAUAUAUUUAUGUCAAUCUGGCUACUUUUCUAGUAUGUUUAGUGGAUCUUGGAAAGAAUCCAGCAUGAAUAGUAUUGAACUGGAGAUUCCUGACCAGAACAUUGAUAUAGAAGCACUGCAGGUUGCAUUUGGAUCGCUGUAUCGAGAUGAUGUCUUAAUAAAGCCCAGUCGAGUCGUGGCCAUUUUGGCAGCAGCUUCCAUGCUGCAGUUGGAUGGUUUAAUACAGCAGUGUGGUGAGACAAUGAAGGAAACAAUUAAUGUGAAAACUGUAUGUGGCUAUUACACAUCAGCAGGGACCUAUGGAUUAGAUUCUGUAAAGAAAAAGUGCCUUGAGUGGCUUCUGAACAAUUUAAUGACUCACCAGAAUGUUGACCUUUUCAAAGAACUGAGUAUAAAUGUCAUGCAACAGCUCAUUGGUUCAUCUAAUUUAUUUGUGAUGCAAGUGGAGAUGGAUGUAUAUACAGCUCUAAAAAAGUGGAUGUUUCUUCAACUGGUGCCUUCUUGGAAUGGGUCUUUGAAACAGCUUUUGACAGAAACAGAUGUUUGGUUUUCUAAGUGGAAAAAAGAUCUUGAAGGCACAGCCUUCCUUGACACCGAACAAGGGAAACCAUUUGUGUCCGUGUUCAGACAUUUAAGGCUGCAGUACAUCAUCAGUGACCUCGCUUCUGCGAGGAUUAUUGAACAAGAUUCUCUAGUACCUUCAGAAUGGCUGGCUUCUGUGUAUAAACAGCAGUGGCUUGCUAUGCUCCGGGCAGAGCAAGAUAGUGAAGUAGGGCCUCAAGAAAUUAAUAAAGAAGAACUGGAAGGAAAUAGCAUGAGAUGUGGUAGAAAGCUCGCCAAAGAUGGUGAAUACUGCUGGCGGUGGACAGGUUUUAACUUUGGCUUUGACCUACUUGUAACUUAUACAAAUCGGUACAUCAUUUUCAAACGCAAUACACUGAAUCAGCCAUGUAGUGGAUCUGUCAGUUUACAGCCUCGAAGGAGCAUAGCAUUUAGAUUACGGUUGGCUUCUUUUGAUAGCAGUGGAAAAUUAAUCUGUAGUAGAACAACAGGCUAUCAGAUACUUACACUUGAAAAGGACCAGGAACAAGUGGUGAUGAACUUGGACAGCAGGCUUCUGGUCUUCCCUUUAUAUAUCUGCUGUAAUUUCUUGUAUAUAUCGCCAGAAAAAAGGACUGAAAAUAACCGCCACCCAGAAAAUCCAGAAAAUUGAGGAUCUCAUCUGUUGGAAACAGUAGCACUUUGAAAACUUUUUGUUAAGCCAGCUUUAAUUCAGUGGCCCUACUGAUAUUCACACCUAAGGUGACUAACAUUGACAAAGGCCUUAUGUAUUGUACAGAUAACAUGGAGAUGAUUUUUACCCUCAUUACAUUUCUAUGCAUAUGAAAACAUUUUAAACCAUGUAUGUUUUAAAGAUGUCAAUUCUUGCUUUUAAUUUAGCAUCAGUAGAAAUUUGCUUUAAAUAAAUAUCACAUUGCUUUGUAACAAUAGAUUUGAUAUUUAGCUUAAACUUUGAUCCUGCCUAAUGUUAGCAAGCCUCAUUUAGCCAUCUGUAAGUUUCUUUUUCCUUUGCUCAAGUGACUGCUAAAGGGAUACUUUGAACAGCUAGCUCUUCACCUUAUAAAUGCUUUUCCAUUGGUGCCUUUAAAGCUGUCCUUCAACUUCCUCAUCAUGCAUUUCCUCCAAUAGCUUUCCAUUCUCUGCUUAAUUUAGCCAUUAAAUCCUUUUUCAUGGUUGGGGAGGUUAUUAUGAAAAACUUUUUUAAACUUAAAACAUUUUCAUACUUUUUUUUAAAAUUCAGCUUUCUUAGGAUUUUAACAACAACAGCAAAAUAAAUAUCAGCUUUAGACCUUUAAAUAAAGUUGACUGAGGGAAAAAUUAAUUGGAUUCAGAGGACUUUCCUUUGCCUUUACAUGGUCUUGUCUUGGACAUUCUGAAUACUUUUAUUACUUGGUUGUGAAUUAUUUAUGUACCAGAUACUACACUUAAACAUUUUCAUGUUAUCUGACCUUUAGGAUUAUUUCUGUUCAAAUUUUAGUUGGGAAUUCUGUUUCCUACCUAAGCUCAGGACUUUAUAACCUCUGGAUUGAGUGCCUUUGUGUUAUACAUGCUGAUAGGAAUUUCAUAGUAAAUGUAUAUAAGGCUAGAAGAUCUAAUAUGGAAGCUGGAAACAAAGCAUUAAAUGUAAACGUAGAGCUUAUUUUUGUCAAAAAUGAAAGGUAAACUUGUCAUAAUUUAUAUAUGUUGGCUUCUUAUGUUUAUUGCUACUUUGAAAAUAGCCAUGCUUAUUUUCAUUCCAGUCAGACAGUGAAUACGUCUGUGGUUGAUGUAUAUUUUAAUAUGUUUUCAAAAAUGGGAAUCAUUUUUAUGUAUCUGUACAAAUAACAAAUGCCAUUUGGAAAAAGAAUAAAUAAUAUCCUACUUAAAAUGAACAA